ACUGUCACGUGGUUCUGUUGCAGAAAACAUGGAGGUCGCGAGCGAUCCGGGAAACCUGCGAAACGUUCGGCACGUGGUCCUGGUUAUGUCCGGUAAAGGCGGAGUCGGUAAGAGCACCAUCACAACCGAGCUGGCCCUCGCGCUGCAACACGCGGGGAAGAAGGUGGGCGUCCUGGACGUGGACCUGUGCGGUCCGAGCAUCCCGCGCAUGCUGGGCAUGGCUAAUCAGCACGUUCACCAGUGUGAUGCAGGCUGGGUGCCUGUGUACGCAGGCUCACAGCAGACGCUUGCGCUCAUGAGUGUAGGCUUCCUGCUCGAGGACCCUGACGAGGCCAUCGUCUGGAGAGGACCCAGAAAGACAGCUUUGAUUGGUCAGUUUGUGAGUGACGUUGUGUGGGGCGAAUUAGAUGUGUUGUUAGUGGACACGCCUCCAGGGACGUCUGAUGAGCACCUGGCUGUUCUGGAGAAACUAGGCAAGCACAGAGUGGAUGGAGCAGUGCUCGUGACCACCCCACAGGCAGUAUCAACUGGAGAUGUGCGUCGUGAGAUCACGUUCUGUAAGAAGACCGGAGUGAAGAUUCUGGGCAUUGUAGAAAACAUGAGUGGCUUUGUCUGUCCACACUGCUCAGAGUGCACCAGUAUCUUCUCCAAGGGAGGAGGGGAGGAGCUGGCAAAGCUCACAGGGUCUGUGUUUCUGGGCUCUGUGCCCCUGGAUCCACUCCUGAGUGCCAGUAUGGAGGAGGGGCGGGACUUCUUGCAGGCGUUUCCAGAGAGCGCCACUUACACUGCCCUGCAAGCUGUAGCAGAGACACUGCUGCAUGCCCUGGAUCACUGACACUAACCUUC